CUGGCUUUCGUUUUCCUUAACAUUUUCCAAGUUGUUUAUAUGCGUAUUGAACUUAAAGAUUUCUAUCCUUAUGGAUCAGAGAACGGAGAUACCUCGGUACCGACCAAUGAUGAUGGUAGUACUGGUCGUGUAAAUAUUGGAUUUCGAUUUCCAUUCUUUGACGAUGAGCACGAAUCUCUCUUUGUAAGUACAGUUCUUACAUAUAUAAUUACUGUAAUUUGAUAUAAAGUACUUCUGAAUUGGUGGACUUGCGUAUGUGUAUGUUAUGACAGAACAAAGGAAUUAAAACUGGCUCUCUGAUGCACUAUUCCUUCCAGAUACAAGACUACUAAGUAAGCUACAUAAUAAUGAAAGUAAUACACACUUGUGAUACAUACAACUACAACAGCCUGAAUUUGAGGCGGAAGGCGCAGCAAUUCUCGAAGUGUCUAUUGACAUUCCUUUCUCAUGAGUGGAAUAACACCCAGCUGCCCGAACCGUCUGCUGUUACAGGACCUUACAGUAUCAUAAUUCAUAAUGUGACCAGUAAAACCAACUUGUAAUACAAUCUAUUUAAAUUAAUACUGUUCGUUUUAUUUACUACACUGAUCUACCGUAGUCACAUUUAUUUGCAAUAGUCUGGAGAUCUAAGGUAUGACAGAGCUGGGAAUCAUAAUCUGAUCUAUAGUUUCGGUGACGCAUUAUCACAGUCUACUAUCCAGACUGUUGGUCAUAUAUGAAAGGUCAUAUAUUGGAAUAAAAUUGGAAUAAAAAGUUCAAAAAGAUGUUAUUUUAUUUUCCAGACGUUUCACCGGUCAAGGCUUCAUCAGUGGAAUAUUACUUAUUAAAAUAUGAACGUUUCUUAAUAUACAAGCUGGCCGGCCUAUUAAAUAUCUAUUAACUAAAUACUAAUUGUUCUUCCUAUGCAACCGUUCAUAAUAAUAUUUUUUCGCUACGUACGAUUAUGUAUUUCAAAAGCUUCAAUACAUUUGCGUUCAUCUUGGUAUGUUAUACAUUUUUGUGCAAUGUUUUCCAAGUUAUGUCAGAUUUGAUCAGGUCGUCCACUCUUACACAGUUUGUUUGUCCAUCUUUAAGCCGUGUUCUUCGAUUCGUGCAUGACCCAAUUGUCCUACCGGUUUCGCCAACAUAUACUAUAAUUCCGCAAUGUGAACAUGUGAUCACAUAAAUAACAUUCUUUGUCAGACACUUUGUAGAUUUAAUUGCUGAUUUACAUGUUUCGUAAUCUUCCCGGCAGCUUGCUCUAUCUCUCGGUAGGGCAAAUACUCGUGAUGAAGGUCUGCCGUUCAUAAAAAUAAUUUUGACUUUGUUGAUUCCUGCUCUACGUAUUACUGAAAGGGCACGUCGUUUAAGUUCUUCAUUAAUGUAGGGAAGUUUCAAAUGGAUAGUUUCUCGUUUUUCAUCCAUAUACGCAACCUCGUCCCCAGGGCCUUCGUGCUGAGAAGGCCCUGGCAUCGGCUAGAAUUUUACACCCCUAAUUUUGGGGUGUAAUAAAUCAAGACCACUUAAUUAAUGUCAAUGCGCGAAAUUGAUUUGUUGUUCAAAAUUUCCUAUACUUGCUGCUCCAAGACAAGGCAAAUUUUAUAUAUUUUUAAUCCUCGAGAAAUAAGCUAUCGGAAAAUGUUUGAAUCAAGUUUAUACGAUCAGAUAUUUAGAAGUUAGGGGUCAAUUUUGUAGCCGCUUUACAUUGUUUACAACAUGACAACAAGAUUACAAAUCAUAUGCAAGCUCAUCCAAUUUUUGUUGUAGAGACUUCGUUUACUUAUCUUUCGAAAGUCUCGUGUUAAGAUAGAAACUAAUUUUUAAAUAAAGAAAAGUGAAUGGCCUUUGCAUGUCAGUGAGUCAGUCGAAAAUUUAGUCUAUUACGCAAAUGGUCCGUUGUUUGCAUCUAUUUCUUUUACUGAAUUGUGUAGCCCGUAUUAUGGAAUUCGUGAAUCGUUAUAAACAAAAAAUCAGUCUCGGCAAGGUAUUUGGGCUACAUAUAUUAUAAAAUAUUUAUCCCCGAGCCAACGGCGCGGAGCGCCUUUCCGUAAACCCGCGGGGCGAAGGUACUAAUUCCGCCCGGCUAUUUACACCCGGGAAAACAAAAGCAUUAGCGAAGUCUAAAGUUCAUCAAUAAUCGCGGGCGUGGCUGAUUGGUCAAAUUUAAAAUUGGAUUUUAACGACUGCAUGACGACAGCGAAAUAGCAAACAUUCUUGCAAAUAUACUAUUUUUGCAAGAUUUUGUGAUUUUUUUAAGAAAACCUUUUUAAUUAAGAAUAUAAAGGCGAAAGAAUUGCUAAAAGAAGGGAGUAAAGGCGCCGACGUUAACGAAGGUAGGUUUGUUUUAAAUAUUGAUGUAUUGCUCGCUUUAUAACGGCUUUAAAAGCUGAUCGUUGCGUAUAUUUUAAGUGAAAAAGACAGCAUAUAAUUUCAGUGUUUCUUUAUUGAUUAACCAGUUUUUUAUUAUUAAUAUUAAAAUGUUUAAAUAAAAAAGAAAGCAGAGUUGUUUGAAUGCGAGAAUUUGAAAUCAUUUUAUUCCAAACUCAAAGUUUUCCGAUAAAGGCAGUUUAGUUUUACAUAGCACAUUUUAAAACGUCUUGCAAAGCGUUUGCGGUUGAGCUUCACCUUAAAUUGAAGCUUAUAUUAAUUAUAAUAAUAUACAUAAAGAUAUUACUCGACUGUAAUUGGUUGAUUUCAGUGCAGUUAAUCCCAAACAGCAGUGCAAUUUUCCGUAAUCACAGUGCAAUUUUCUGUAAUCACAGUGCAAUUUUUUGUAAUCACAGUGCAAUUUUCUGUAAUCACAGUGCAAAAAUUUGUAACAAACUGAUCUGAUUGGUGGAAAAACAUUGUGAUAAUUAAAUCAACCAAUCACUUUAAACAGAUUAAUUUAAAGAAGUAAGGGUCACAGAUUGCUUCAAAACAAAACAAACAUGGCGCCGCCCUACACGAAGUGAAAGUUGACUUCGGAUGAAAAAUAUGGCUUUUAUCUCUUUUUUUAAUUCGGAAAAGCCUUUGCCUUAAACAAGCCUAACAAAACUUACAUAGUUGAGUGGAAUUUUGAAGCUGUUAGCGUUGUAUAAUGUGAUAUAACAAAGCCCGGAAAAAUUUGCUAGUGGAAUGUUCGCUAUAUUAAACGUAAGCAGGGCCGUCCUCAGGAAAUUCUACAGGGGGGUGCAAGGUCAUGUCAACCGACUGACGAACGAGCUUGUACCGACCACAUGCUUGCCAUGGAAGCUUGUAAAAUUUCCGACGAUAGUCAACUAAAGUUACUAAACUCAGGGAUCGCGGAGCCAUUUUUGGAUUAAGGGGGCUAUAGCGAACGCCAAAAGGCGUGAGUUUGUUAGUGGGUCUGGGGGCAUGCUCCCCCGGGAAAUUUUGAAAUCUGAGACCUGGCCCAGAGCACUUGGAAUGCAAUCAAAUUUACUAGUUUCUGUUAAAAAGUUUCUUAAUAGACGACUCUUAAUCUAAUAUACUCGGCUGCGUAAGUUAGAAAUACAUUGUUAACUGAUCUGAAAUAUUUCAAUAUUCUUAGUUUAUAGAAAUCACGUAUGUAUGGAUAAUUAUUGGAGGCCUCCCCCCUGCUUCGCCGUCCCUGAAAUUACGCCCGUUGUGCUCUAAAUGAAGCCUGUUCUAAAUUGCCAUAUUUGAUAAUCGAGUUUUUGGCCGGAAUAUAUUGUGCUCAGCGGUUCUACCUAUCAAACAUGAUGAUCUUCUGUAUCGCUAUAUGGUUUAACUGUAAUUCUGGGCUUGUUUUACUAACGGAUUAUAAUGAUUAUAUCCUGUUGAAUAAAUUUCGAGUAACCAAAAUUUCCGUUUCUUAUAUAACAGAUGAAAAUUAUAUGGGUAGUAGUUUUAUUCCUCAAAAAUAUUUUUGUCUGCCGACUAGAAUAGCAGUCCUGCCGACUGCAGCUUCGAAUAAAAUGUCUGGGGUGUCACACCCCACCCCCCCCUCCGUAGCUGCGACCCUGAACGUAAGUUAAAACUACAAUUGUCUCGAACAUUUUUAUGUAAAUUAUUAAUAAGUAAUAUCAUGCUAUUGCCUAUAUUAAUAUCAUACCAUAACAUACAUAUAUGUUUUGGGAAUUGAUAAUUUUGUAAUUAAAAGUGAUAUUUUUAGGGAGAUUUUUCAUUUGAAAAAAUAUUCUUAAGAAAAUUAUGGUGUUACCAUGACAACUACUUUAAAUAUACUUCAUGUCCGGAAAGUACAAUGGUUUUGUCAGCAAGGCGAGGGGUUUCUGUAUGCAUGUAUUUUCUAGUGUAAAUUACACAAUGUAAAUUCCAAUACAGAUACAAAACGUUCUAUAUCGAACUUAUAUAAAAGUGGCAAUUCAAUAACUAUCAUUGACAUAUUUCACAAGUAUUAAAUAUCUACUUGACAGCUGCUUGGUCAAGGGAAUAUGUUUGUGUUGAAUCCGUUUGAAUGCGUAUAUACUUGACUUCGCCUUUCAGACCGGAAAUGUGAAACAUUAAUAAAUUCCGUCAUGGAAAUGAAAUUCGACAGGUCGCGCCCAGAAGUUUUCUCCGCCUUGUCGCCUCCUAAAAUUAAACGCGCCUGACACCAGAAAACUUCUGAACCCAAGGUACUAAACCUUAAACUCCUAAGCGCGAACACACGGUAUUUUUCGUAUUUAAAUACAGCGAGUUAAAUGUUAAAAUUCCGCGUGCAUACUGCCAAGAUCUAGAUCUAGACUUAAUUUAAAAUGAAAUAAGAGCUAUAUAGGAUCGAGAGUAAUCAUUCUUUUAUCAGAGAUAGAAAAUUAUACAAAGAAUGAUUUACGGAGGCUCCUUACAGCUAUUAGUAGAACCAGACACUGUACUAAAUGCGGUGCCCGCCUACAAAUAAAACUUCCGGCGUUUCCGCCUACAUGUACAAGUAAAGUUAUAUUUAGCACGCUGCAAUGGCUGCAUUGCCUGCAUUAUAAUGCACCAGUCAAUGUAAACCCCUGCCCCCCCCCCCUCAACCCGGGAGGGGCGGGAAUUUUGACUUAGAGGGGUAUAGUAAAAGAACGAAAUUGUCCCCGCUCCCGGGGAAAGCGUAAUUAAUCAAUGUCCCUGCAUGUUUCUCAACCACGGGAAAAUAGUUUUGUAUAUAUUUCAUAGAUCAGCAAUAGAAAAUCAAAUUCAUUUAUGUUAUUGUAUUUAAACUUUUCUUGUAAAGAAAACUAAAACAGCAACACAGGGUAUAUAUGUUAACCACUGAAUCCAUUCCCCCGCUUUCUUCCCCGCAUCGUCUACCCAAAGAGAAAAUGUUGUCCAAGUCCCCCAUCAUCGGGACAUAUUUACCAUCAAAACUGACCACUUUCCCCGCUAAAUUCCCGCCCCCUCCCCAGUUGGGGGGGGGGGGGUGGAUUUACAUUGACUGGUGCAUAACAUUCUCCUGUCGGCUGCCAGUUGGUCCAUACGUUAGGGUCAAUACUGCCUUUUAAAGCCUUCAAAAUUGAAAUUUUUGGGCUCAAAAUACUAUCAAAAUAAAGAGAAAAGUGAGACGAAUAUACUGGUAGACGUCGACGGUUGAAAAGAGAAAACCAACGAUACCGAAGUUGUUUAAGGAUCAAACGUACUGCAUUUUUAAGGUUAUACAGAACACCUUUGAGUGUUAAUUUUGCCAAAAACUUUUUUAUUGGUUUCCAUGAAAGCAUUAGACUAGUUCUACUACCUGACCAAGUUUGAGCGAAAAAUGUUGAAAACUCGCAGAGUUAUUUAAUAAAAUACAUUUCGCUGCAAUACGAAAAGCAUUGAAAAUGUAAUAUUCAAAUUCAAUUUUCUCCCGAAGAAAUUUACGGUAAUUACUGAUUUUCAAACGAGUUGUUCUCCUGCGUGUUUUAUCCAAUUUUUCUCAAAUUUUCACAGGACAUAGCAAAAGACGUCACUUUCAAAAUUUUAUUCGGCUUUGUUCUAAUUUUGGAUAUUUUAAUAAUAAAGAGCAAUUCACUCAAACAAUUCAGAAAUAUAUUGCAGUCGUCAAAGAAAUCGCCACCAUAUCAGCGGAAUGCCGAAAUAAACAAAAAAUUCCGAACACAAUUUUUUAGAACAACUAUUUUACUGUUUAAAAAUGAUAAAUGAUACCAUGCAUACCAUGCAUGGUAUCAUAUCAUGCAUACCAUGCAUGGUACCAUACAUACCAUGCAAGGGCAACAAUUUGGCCAUUAUUUUGCUAAUGUUGCUCGAGAAUUAAAAUCAAAAGCUUUUCCUUUGGUGAAUUUUGCUUGGCGUCAUAACAAUAAUACACAAGUUUUACGUACGAACGAAAUUUUCAAGUUUUCAUUCGUUUCUACAAUCUUUGUUGAGAAAGAACUCCGAUCAUUGAAGCGAAGUAAAGCUACUGGUAUCGACGACCUCCCUCCAAACUUGACAAAGGACUGUGCAACUGUGAUUGCAAAACUCCUGGCACAUAUAAUAAAUUUAUCAAUCAAAUCAAGUACGGUGCCAGCUUAUUUGGAAAUCAGCUAAAGUGAAGCCUAUAUUCAAAUCUGGUGACUCAGACCUAGUAGAGAACUUUCGACCAAUAUCAAUACUUCCGAUAUAUUCCAAGAUUCUGGAAAAGGCAGUCCACCGUCAAUUUUACAACUUCUUGGAGAAUAACAAACUGUUGAACGAUUGCCAAUUUGGUUUUCGUAGAAACAGACCUACAAAGCUGGCUGCCACAUUGUUUUGCGAUAAAAUACGAAAAGAAUUGGACAACGUAACGGAAAACUCAUUGGAUGUGUAUAUUUGGACCUGUCCAAGGCGUUCGACACUAUCGGUCAUGGUAUUUUCUUGGGCAAGUUAUACCUGCGUAUGGUGUUGUAGGCCCUGAACUUGCUAGGUUUACAGAUUACCUGUUCAAUAGAACUCAGUGGUUGAAAUGCAAAACAAUUGCUCCAGGCCAAGCACUAUUACCACUGGAGUGCCGCAAAGAUCCAUCUUGGGUCCUUUAAUGUUUAUAGUGUUUUUCAAUGAAUUCAAAGAAUCAGUCAAGAGUUCUGAAAUCAUUAAGUAUGCGGAUGAUACGGUAAUUCUGUAUGCUGAUAAAGAUGCGCAAAAUAUUGAGGAUGCUUUAAACGAAGAUAUGAAUCUGAUUAGAGAUUAUUGUUAACAAAACGAACUCCUCUUGAACCUGAAGAAGGGCAAAACGGAAGUAAUGUUUUUUGGAACGUCGCAAAGGCUUAGAAAAAGUGGAAAAAACCUAAAUAUAACGUAUAACAACACCGUGAUAAACUUCGUGACUGAAUAUGUGUAUCUUGGAAAUGUGAUAGAUAGCCAUAUGUCAUUGAAUGAAAAUUUCAACCGAUCAUACAAGAGAGCAAGCGGUCGUCUUCGUUUACUCCAAUCAGUCCACAGAAAUUUGACAGCAGCGUCAGCUGAUAUCCACAAUAUAAUGAUACUACCAAUUCUAAUCUAUAGUAGUACCAUCAAAACAAUUUUUACUGACUCUCAACUAGCAAAGUUUAUAUCGUUUGAGAGACGCGCGUGCAAGGUGAUUGGCACCGAAUCUAUACCGAAUACCAAAGAACUGGUGCAAUCGCAAAUUUGUUCUAUGGUGGAAAAGUGUCUCCAGAAGAAUUUUGAACAUGAUACACUCGACAAUUAUUUUCAAAUGGUUAAUCAUAAGAAAGAAACGAGAAACAACAGCAUUUCUAUUAAACUGCCACGAAUUAAGCUGGAAUUAGCUAAGCAGAGCUUCUACUUCGGUGGAGCAAAACUGUUUAAUCCAUUACCAGCAACAAUACGAAGAUCUAUGAUUUUGAAAUAGUUUAUCUUUCAAGACAUUUUAACUUUGUAAAUAUUAUUUUUGUAAGAUAUUUUAUCCUAUUUGUCCAUUCUUAUAUAAUUAUGUAAUUUUUUAGGCUUUAUUUAUUAACUUUUUGGCUACCUAUUUUUGUUAUUCUUGAGAGUUUACAGGACGUGGGACAAACAUUGAUAGCAGUUUUUGUAAUUAAUAAUUUAAAUUGGACUGAUUUUGAGCGCGCAGUAGCGAUUUUCCGCAAAACGCCAAAAAGGGUGUCCUGUAACCUUAAUUAAUUUUAUUAAUUUUAAGCGAUUUGUCUACAAUACAAUUUCGCUUGACUUUCAAAGCCCAUAAAUCGCUAGAAUACUGUUGUUUAGUAAUACAUUUGACAUCCGUACAGAGACAUCCGUAAGUACAAUUUCUUACACUGAAUCGAACAGUGGUAUUUUUAUCCUUAUUGCGCCAUUACAUAUACAAAGACAAACGUACUGCGUGUGAUUUGUCAACAAUACGUACUGCGAGCGAUUUGUCAAGAAUACAAUUUCGCUUCGCUUUGAAAGACAAAGCCCAUAAAUCGCUAAAAUACUGUUGUUUAGUAAUACUUUUGACAUCUGUAAGUACAAUUCCUUACGCUGAAUCGAACGGUGGUAUUUUUGUCCUUAUUGGGCGCAUAAAACCAGAGAUAAGGCAGAGUCCGAGAUUAAUUGGAAAGAAAACUUUCCUCGAAAAAAGGAACUCAGAAAACAUGAAGGGAUUAUUUUGAGCGGCUUGUCUUUCAAAAGCCAUGAAUCGUUGGGAUAGAAAUUUUGAAAUCAAUUUCCCAUCCAUAAAUACAAAGGUUUACGCUGAUUCGAACAGUGGUAUUUUUGUUCUUGUUUGGCGCAAAAAAUCAGAGAUAAAGCCCAGCAAACAGUCGGUCCUGAGAGUCCAAGAUUAAUUAAUUUUCCCGCAAAAAUGAAUAAAUUUCGAGCAUGUGCACGGAAUUUUUACUAGGCGAUUAAGGAAACGUAUUGAUGCGAACAAACUAACAAACAAACUCACAGGCAGAAUAUGGUGCCAAACUUGGCACGGGCACUGCAAUUUGAAGUUGAUUUAGUCAGCCGUCCUGUGUGUGUCGCGCGCGUAAAAAAUGGCGUGGUCUUUUUCCUGCACACGCUGGCGAUUCGGCGAAAUAUUUUUUUUCUCUUUCUUAUCUUGAAAAGAACGACAUCAGUGUUUUUAAAUCGUACGAAGUUGAAAUUACAAUGUAGUAUGUUGUUAAUAAUCAGUUUUUAAACAUUUGUUCAGUAUGUUUUGUACGUUUUAAUGUUUAGUAUUGUUUCUUAUAAGUCCCGCGAAUAGUCCUGGGAAUAGUCCCGCGGGAAAACUGAAAGCAUGAUUUUUCUGGUGUCUGUACUCUUCUCGUGUUUCCUUCGGUGAAAAUGUUUUAAACUUUAUAUGUCACUUUUAAAUAAUCGUAAGAGCCGGUUUUAGUUUAAUUUAAAUUAAAAAAGUUUGUUUUUAAAAACUCUGAUUUUGAAGUAACUAAGCGUCAGCUUCAUGUGUGCAGAAAAUACAAAAGUUUUGCCGAAGCUAGGAAUUUCAAAAAGAAAUUCGAAAAUACAAUCGUUUUGAAAUUACCUUGUUACCAUGGCAACGAGAAUAUUUAACGUCACUUUUUGUUUUUCGUAAUUCCUAGUAUAGCCGCAAUGUCAGUGUGUAAGUUUCGUGAUCAUAUCUUGUAAACUGAGGAAAUAAUUGGCCUUAAAACACAGUUGUUGUGCGCAAUAACGUUAAAACUGUGGGGAGCCUCCUUACUUCUGUUUUUGGGAAGCAGGAGAAACGUAUAAAGGCGCUUUUAUAUUCUCCGUAGAUUUUCUUCACAAUAUUUCAUUAAAUUACUUUUAGGUGAACACGAAUGGGGUGAUCUCUUUCCUUCGCCAGGUUUCACAAUACACACCAGAUCCGUUUCCACUUGACAGUGAUCGCCGUCUCAUCGCACCAUUCUGGGCAGAUGUCGAUACUAGAAAGGGUGGCGUUGUAUAUUACAGAGAAACGCAAGAUCGUGCUAUUCGAAUACGAGUUUCUGAUGAAAUAAGAAAAUACUUCGUUCGUCAAAGAAAGUUUUCAGCAAAGUGGGUCAUGAUUGUGACGUGGUUGACUGUUGCUCGCUUCGGUGGAAGUUCCUCUCAAAAUGUAAUGGCAAAUUAAAAUAUUUAUUAGAAUAUGUCCAAAUAUAGACGCACAAUAUUCCAUAAACUGGAAAUACAUGCAUGCAGCAACCCCUCUCCUAUAUUUUCCAAACAUCGAAUUAACAUGAAGUAUUUGGAAAUGGCCAAUACUUGAACGCAUGCUCGUUCAAGUGUUGCCAUGACAACACGAUAUUUUUCAAUUUUUUUUUUUUUUGUACAAACCGGAAAAAUAGUUGAAAGGUUAGGACUUUUAGCUGUACAACAAUGAAUUUCCGAAAUAUAUACUGUAGGUAUGUUAUUCUGCUAUUUGUUUGUUUUGAUUUAAUGCAAAAUUUCACUUGAAACGCUUCGUAAAAUCAGUUUGAAAUGUUCUGCAUUCAACUAUUAAAACUACAUUUGCCGUAAACGUAAAUAGUUCAAAUUGUUUGGUAAUUUAAGUUCCGACUUCAAAUCAAUUUGUUCUCCUUUACAUUUUAAGUUUUUUUUUUAAAUAGUUAAACAGGAUAAUUUAGUUAGGAAAGUUACAACUUCGUUGGAAAGGAAAAUAGUUCAUGUUUUACGCAAACUGCCGCAAAAGUUAAAGCAACAAAAUUCAUAAACAUUAAUCAUUUUUAGCAAACUUGCCCCAUUUUUACGAUUUCUCAUAGUCCAUAAAUUUUUCUUGUUUCUUCAAACAUUAAUUUUUUCAAGCUUAUUGUGUGAAACGUGAUUUUGCAAAUAUAUAUUUUUGAAAAUUGAAAGAUUGCUUAUCCCACUCCUGGCAAACAGCCAUAUUUUUUAGAUCAGUGAGGUCCACUCAUGAAACAUAGUCACGCGCCCGCGAUACUUGAUGAACUUCAGACUUUGCUAGUUCUUUCCUUUCCCCGGGUGUAAAUAGCCGGGCGCAAUUAGUACCCUCACCCCUGGCUUACGCCCGGAACGGCGCUCGGCGCCGUUGGCUCGGUGAUCAUAAAUUCUCUAUUGAGAUUCCAUUACAAAAUAGCCUUUCUGUCGUGAGCCUUCUCUAAGGCCAUGAGUUUACUAAGCUCACUCUGUAUAGGCUAUUACCCGGCGCCAUCAUAAAAAGAAACAAUUAUGCAACCUGAAUAGAUUUAUUAAUUUGCCUGGGAUCGGUUGUUGAAUCGAACGCCAGUUAGCUUAAUCCUGGGUAAUUAAAAAAUGUUAAACCAAACUUCGCAACAGAUUUUUUAUGAAUUUGAAAUAUUUAUCCAGAAAUUUCUUUCCGGAUCAAGAGAAAUUUCAUUUUCUGAACGACGUAAAAUGGUACGAAAGACAGAGGAGAAUGAUUUCAAAGAGCUUAGCGAGGCUUCCGAGAUUGAUCACAUCAAGCUUUGGAAAUAUGUAAACCGACGUAGAAAGAAGAAAAGAUCAACUAAUGUGCUCACAACGAAUGAUGGAAGGACUAUCUCAAACACAGAAGAAAUAGCAGAUGUGUGGGCUAAUUACUAUGAAAAACUUUUAACUCCUGAGGAAAAUACAAAUUUUGAUGAUAACUUCAGGGAGUAUAUCGAUAUCGAGGUUAGUGACAUAACAAAAAACUCCUUAGCUGACUUUGAUGAUAUCUUUCAGGAUCCGAUAACUUUGAAAGAAAUCGGGGAUGUGCUAACAGUAUUACCAAAUAAUAAAAGCUCCCGGUGAUGAUGGCAUAACGUAUGAACAUAUUAAGUACUCCGGGACAUUCUGGCUGGUAAGCUGGUAAUACUUUAUAAUAAGAUCAUUGAAUUGGAGCACAUUCCAAGACACUUUAAGUUAGGAAUCAAGAUUCCAAUUCCAAAGAGAAGGAAGAACUGUGCGUCAAAUUUCGAUGAUCAUACAGGCCGGGUGUAUCAAAAAAAGUAUGACAAUUUUGAAAUUGCUCUCAAUUCCACAAUUCUGUUCAUGAAAUGUAAUUUUUGAUAUGUAUGGAUUGCUUGAGUUCUUAAAUUAUGGAAAAUAUAAAAAAAAUUGAAAAUAGUAAAUUUUGAUAUCCAGGGGGGGUUGUCAACUUUUGCUCCCCUAAAAGUGGCUUGCGCACGGAAAUGACAAACGGUAUUCUUUAUUUGAGUUCAUUUAUGAAAAGUUCGCUAUUUGUUGCAUUUACGAUAAAGUUUCAGCAGGAUUUUACCGAGCACAAAUCCUCCGAAAAGCCUAUGAAAACGUAACAUUUUUCUCCGUUGGUGCUGUUCUUGAAUGAAUUCACAAAUUUGCAUUUGCAUUUUGAUUUCAAAUGAGUCGUGUCAAUUAUGUAUCUUAAUUCUUUAAGUAAAUAAAAUUUAAAACUCGCGCAUGUUUUUAAAUACUUUUGAAUAAUGACAUUUAUUUAACAUCUGGAGUAUAAAACAAAGGUAAAUUUUACGGCAAGAAAAAACGAAUUGUCUUAGUCUUCAACGUGUCCUCCUUUUCAUUCUGUGCAAACUUGCGCACGUCUAACCAUGUCAAAAACAGCACGGCGUAUCAUUGCUCGAUCUUGUCUGAGUACAUUCAUCUCUUCGCGGAUUCGUCGCUCAAGUUCUGCAAGAUUUUCUGGUGGCGUUAGGAAAACCUUGCUCUUCAGGUAACCCCAAAGAAAAAAGUCAAGCGGAGUAAGAUCCGGUGAUCUAGCAGGCCAUUCCACGGCACGAUUCAUUGCAAUUAUCCGGUCUCCAAAAACUUUGGUCAAUCUAGCAGUUACCUCUCUUCGCCUAUGACAAGGAGCACCGUCCUGUUCCCACCAUGCUCGACGAAAUGGCACAUUACGCCUGUUGCGUAAUGGGGCAACUGCCGUAAAACAGGGACAAUUUGGUCAUCAAUCAACUGCAAGUAAUCUAACCCAUCAAUGUUGUUUUGGAAGAAAAAGGGACCGAUAACAGUGCCAUUUCCCAUUAACCCAACCCAAACCGUGUGCCGUUUAAUCAUUUGAUAAGGAUGAAAUCUCAAAUCUAAACGUGUUAUCCGGUUGAAGGUUGCCGAAGACAAACCAAGUCUGUUUCGAUGACAACUUAACCGCGGCCUUUCACCAUUCAAACGCUCAACGUUGGCUUCUUCAAUAGCAUUGCGUACAGCUUCAAUGUUUUCAGCACUUCUCGCUGUUUUUGGACGACCCGAAUUACCCUUGUUCAAGUUACAACUCGUCCCGUUACCAUGAUACUUCCUAACAUUGUAAUAAAUAUUCGUACGUGAAGGGCAUCGUACAUCUGGAUAUUUGAUUCGUUCAUGAAACUUUGGCGAACCAAGUUUAUGUUGUUGCUAUGGAGGAACUCUGAUACCAUAAAAGCUCUCUGCUGUGGGGUAAAUUGUGGCAUCGCCGUUUCUAAGUGUACGGGGCAUCAUACGAGAAAAUGCGUUUCAGCACAGAGAAUCGAAAGCACAAAUUCCAUGGAAAUUCCAUGGAACUCUCAUGGGAGUAAAAAUGAAUUCAUAAUGAAGCAAGAACAGAACCAAAGGAGAAAAAUGUAACGUUUUCAUAGGCUUUUCGGAGGAUUUGUACUCGGAAAAAUCCUGCCGAAAUUUUAUCAUAUAUGCAACAAAUAGCGAACUUUUCAUACAUGAACUCAAAUAAAGAAUACCGUUUGUCAUUUCCGUGCGCAAGCCACUUUUAAGGGAGCAAAAGUUGACCACUCCCCUGGAUAGAAAAAUUUACUAUUUUCAAAAAUUUUUAUAUUUUCUAUAAUUUAAGAGCUCAAGCAAUCCAUACAUAUCAAAAAUUAUAUUUCAUGAACAGAAUUGUGGAAUUGAGAGCAAUAUCAAAAUUGUCUUACUUUUUUUGAUACACCCUGUAGAGGAAUUACUCUUCUUUGUACUUUUAACAAAAUUUUCGAACGUUUGGUGCUCAACAGGCUUCAAAAUAAAACAAGAUGUCCACCACACCCACUUCAAGGCGCCUAUCAAGCUGAGCGUGACGCCUUGACGACUUCAUUUGUUAUUGACGAGUCAACUAAGCAUUGUUGCGAGGAAAACGAUAAAAUAUUUGCCUGCCAUGUUGAUGUCUCAAAGGCAUUUGAUAAAGUAUGGAUAAAUGGUAUGUUGUUUAAAUUAUAUCACAACGAAAAUAUUAGAGGAAAGUGCUGGAGGCUAAUAAAAGGUUGGUACUCAGACAUGGAGGAUUACGUUUUUUAUAAUGGAAAACGUUUGAGACAGCAUAAUAUCUUACAGGGGGUUCGACAAGGUGGAGUAUUAUCGCCAUGGCUAUUUCUUCUCUUCUUUGACGACAUGAUAGGCGAGCUGGAAAAGCUAUCCUCUGGUAUAGUUAUUCAAAAUUUGUUUUUGGGAUCACCAAUGUUUGCGGACGAUCUUACGUCAAUGUCAAGAUUAAAACGAGGUCUUGAUAACAUGCUUGUACAAGUUCAUCACUGUAGCCUAAAAUGGAGACUUACUUUUAAUGAGAAAAAAAACUGUUGUGCUGACCUUUGGCGAAAAACGAGAUAAAUAAUUGGCAAUUAUGAACAGAAGGUGGCUUAUAGGACGUAAAGAAAUCAUGGAGAAAAGUAUCUGGCAUAAUCUUGGAAAAGAUUGGCACACCGACGUUUCCAGCCUUAUUCCAAUACUAGAGGCUGCGAAGAAAGGUCAGACUAUCGGUAUUGGUUUAGCAAAUCUGGGAUGUAGAUUUAACCGGAUGAGUCCAUUGGUGGCGACUAAGCUGUGGGCACGGAUUGCUCUGCCGAAAAUGUUGUACGGUGCUGAGUUGUGGACACUUAAUUGAGAACAACAAUCAAAAUUGGAAAAGGUACAGAAUACAUUUUUAGGGUAUGUCUGGGUUUACUUUGUGGUACCUCGGGUUCAGCUGCACGCGGACUUCUUGGUCUCUGGACGGUCGGAGCAGAAAUAGACAAACGGAACGACUAAUACGUGCAAGUGAAGACUGUGUACAUCGCAGGGUAUUCAUGAUACGACUUAAUAGAUGGGAAUGGAAUCCAAUUGCUUGUGGGAGUAUAUAUAUGGACAAUUUUCUGCUGUCUGGAAAUUUUCUCAGCAAAUAUGAAUGGAAGAAAACAGUAAUUGAGAAUAUUAAUCAUACGGAGAUUGAGUUGUGGAAAAUCAAAACGCAACGUUAUAAACAAUUAGGAUUAUAGAGCCAAGUCAUAAAAGAACCAAUGGGUAACAUGUGGCUGCAUUUUGCUCUAGAAAACAGCGAGAUGGCCAACCAGUUGCAAUUCGUGUUAAAAUUCUUUGUGGGUCAUUCUAUGUCAAUGGUGCAAGAUUUACUGGGAAAAAAAACACAAUUUUAUUGUACGUCUUGUGGUAACUACUACAUAAAUCCUGUAAAACAUGCUAUGUUGCAUUGAAUUUUGGAACGCAUCACAGAUUUUUUUCCAAUGAAACUCGUACCAAAUAUUAACUCGUUAGAUGAGAACAAUUUUAUGCACACGAUUUUUGGAAACAUGCAAUCCAUGCAAGGAUAUGACAAUAAUCAAGCGCAAAACUUUUACAUUAUCGUUGCUGAGUCGAUUUCACAGAUAAUAACAACAACCAGUUACAUUGACAUUUAUCUGGAUUCAGAGACUAUUCAUUAGUUUGUGUGCUGUUUGUCCUUUUUUAAAAUUAAUUUUAAUUAUUUAUUCAUAAUUGUAAAUGUUCGUAUCUUCAAAUAUGGAGGCAUUAAAGGAUUAUACUUACUUCGAUGUAAUUAGUUACUUAUUUAUAAUUUUAUUUCUUAUUUACACGUCUACUUAUCACUUAGUCCCCGAGCCAACCCGGAGCGAGGGUACUAAUUCCGCUCGGCUAUUUACACCCGUGGAAAAUAAGGCAUUAGCGAAGUUCAUCAAUAAUCGCGGGCGUCUAAAGUUCAUCAAUAAUCGCGCGCGCGUGACUAUGCUUCAUGCGUGGACUUCCCACUGAUCUCAAAAAUAUGGCCGUUUGACAGGAGUGGGAUAAGCUAGAUUUCAAUUUUCAAAAACAUACAAUGAGCUUUGAAGCAAUUUUCGUUUGAAGAAAUGAGAAGAAUUGAUUUGUAUGGGAAAUCGUGAAAUUACUUAAUUAUGAAUUUUGUUCCUUAAUUGUUUGCCUAUUUAAAAAAUGCACUGCUUUCCUUUCCAAUGAAGUUGUAAGUUUCCUAAAUAACCCUAUCUCAUUUAAGAAAAAAUACAUAAAAUGUAUGGGGAAGCAUAUUAUUUUGAAGACCGAACAUAAAUUACUCAACAAUUUGAACUUUUUGUUGUAUUAGGGACCGGCCAUAAAGUAACUGCUAGGGUGGGCUGGAGUGAUUUGGGAUGGGCCAUGGAAAAUCUUUGGGCAGUUUCGAUGGGCCGCCAAUCUUUUUGCACGUCCAAGAUUGGGCCACCAAACAAAAAGCCAUGCAUGUCUACUUCAAAAAAUAAAGAUAUUAAUAAUAAAAGUAAACAAAACUAUCCAAAUUAUCAAAUGCAAAUGAUGCUACUGAAGCCAGUACUUUGUUUAUACAACAACAAGAAGUGGUCGAAUCACAGCAAAUACAACCAUGCAACUGGAGAGCAGCUCAGUAUCAAUGUGUUUGUCAAGCUUGGUGGAAUUAUGUAUGUCAAACAGUGCCGUGUAUAUUUACAAUGUUCAUACCUGCAAGUUUUUUUUAUUAUAAAAGUGUAUUUUCCCAAUUUAGCCUGGGUGGGUCAUGAAAAUUUUUUUGUAAGAUUAGAUGGGCUUUGAAAUUUUUAUCUACAUCCUAAGAUGGGUCACCGAACUUAUUGGCAAAAUUGUGAUUUACCUCCAGCCCACCCUAGCAGUUACUUUAUGACCAGUCCCUUAAUAAAAACAGUUUGUCGGUAUUCGACAAAAGCAGUUUUAAUAGUUGAAUGAACAUCACAAAACAUUUACAAACGAUUCAAGUUAAAUUUUGCAUUAAUUUAAUUAAAUCAAAGCUUACAAACCAUUUUUCCGUUUUGUGCAAAAAUAUAAUUAAAAUAAAAAAUUAUAUUUAGUUAUUGUGUUGCCAUGGCAAUACUUGACAUAUAACGCGAGCCUGCAUUGGCCGAUUGCUAAUACUUCAUGUUAAAUCAACGUUUGGAGAAUAUAGCCGCGGGGUUGCUGCAUGUAUGUAUUUCUAGUAUUUUGUUACAGUUGAUUUCACGAAAAUUUGGCCGCUCCAGUUGCGUGGUUGGUUGGGAAUUUGGGAAGUAUAAACACGAGAUCAUCAAGUUGAUUGGAAACCGGCCAAUCAAAUUCGGAAGUUUCGCAUCAAAUUAUCGAAAUUCGUUAUAAAAUUCCGAACCAAGUUCGCAAGCAAGUUCGCAAAUUGCAAACGAUUUUGACGGUAAAUUUUAAAAACUAAACUUAUUGUAUUAAACUUAUUCAUUUAAUAAUAAAUAAUAUCAUAAUAAUAAUAAUUUCAGGUUUAAAAUUAUAAUAUAAGUUUAAUACAAUAAGUUUAGUUUUUAAAAUUUACCGUUAAAAUCGUUUGCAAUUUGCGAACUUGCUUGCGAACUUGGUUCGGAAUUUCAUAACGAAUUUCGAUAAUUUGAUGCGAAACUUCCGAAUUCGAUUGGCCGGUUUCCAAUCAGCUUGACGAUCUCGUGUUUGUAGUUCCCAAAUUCCCAACCAACCUCGUAAUUGGCGUGGCCAAAGUUUCGUGAAAUCAACUGUAAUGCAUUAGAUAUCUUUCGGAUCUUCCAUUUUGAUUGUAUAUGAAAUGAAAUUCAGCAUACCAGGACUUUAUCUGAAAUCAAAGAUGUCAAUUUUUUGCCUAUAGAAUACAUUUCAGACCGUAUUGGCAACAGAUGGCAUAAAUUCCUUUUCAAUUUUUUACUACAAUAAAAUUGAAUGGACCUUUGGUACUGCAAGCAGUGUUGCCGCCCAGGUAAAUGACAAUAUUUUUUUUUACAAGAAAGUUUCCUUAGUUCUAAUUAUACUGUUAGACGGUCGUUUUAAUUUUUUCUAAUUCUAUAGGCUGGUUUUAACGCAGGUGACGGGUUUAGAUAUUUCAAUAUUCCAAACUCUCGCACUCUUGCCAUUAUCAACAUUGCUUCAACAUCAAACUAUCAAGAUCCUGGGUUGUGGAUAUUUCAGGUCGAUGGGGACACUGUUGAAAAUCGUGGUUGUACAUCAAAUAGCGGU